GUAUACCAAAAUCACUGACCAGCCCAUCACACACACUCACACUGUCACACACAGUGCAGCAGAGAAACAAAAAUGAGCAAGAAAAUGGUACUACUGUCACCACCCACCAACAAAACGACGUCGUCAUCAUCACCACCACCGGCGGCGGCGGUGGUGGCAGAACAACAGUGGCGGAGUUGGGAGCAACUAAACCCAGAAAUCCUGUCACUCAUAUUUGGAAAAGUAACACCCACAGAAGAAAUGAUGAGGAGGGUGCCAUUGGUCUGCAAAGGUUGGAACGAGGUUGUUGGAGGACCGUACUGCUGGUCCGAGGUUGAUGUCCAGUCGUGGUGUCGGCGCCGCAAUGAUAGUCAUGCGGUGGACCGGGUGGUGAGAGGGUUGUUGAGAAGGAGUAAGUUUAUGGUUCAACGGUUGUGUGUUUAUAGGAUGGGAGAGUCUGGCUUCUUCUUUGUAUCUCACUGUGGGAGUUUCCUAAAAGUGCUACAAAUGCCCAUGACUGAUAUCACUGACCAAAUGGUAUUGAAACACAUAAAACCACUACCAAAUCUCACACUCUUGGAUAUCAGCCACUGCCUCAAGAUCACAAGCACCGGCCUCGAAGCAUUCGGUAACAACUGCACGUCUUUACUCCACUUGAAACGAAACAUGCCUCCACUCGAUGCAGGCUUGCUACCUGCUGACGAUUCUGAAGCCACCACCAUUGCUCACACCAUGCCACGCCUGCAGCAGAUCGAGCUUUGUUUUGGUCGGUUUGGUGACUCGGGCCUGUCGGAAAUCCUCACUAAAUGUAAAGCAAUAACUCAUCUUGACAUUCAAGGGAGUUGGAAUGUGGAGUUGAAUGGUGAUCUUGCUGAGAUGUGUGAAAGGAUCCUGUGGUUUCAGAACCCGUGGACCGUUUGUGAUGGGCGGUUUUCGGAUGGGAGCGAAUGUAGCGAGGUUGAUUUUACGGAUUCGGAGUAGAUUUUGGCUGGUUGAACUUCUUCAAGCAGGAAAUUUAGAAAAAAAGUGAGUAUAGUCAUAGAUAUAUGAUAUUAUGAUUCUAGACAUAUGAAUAUGUUGGUUUGGUUGAUAUUAACCUUUUUAAUUCUGUUGUUUAUGGUACUUUAGAUCAUCAUCAUCAAGAUUUUAUAUUGA